UCCUGCCCACACGCUGACCAGCCUGGCGGAGAGGAUGAGGGUCUUGGUGGCCGCCCUCCUUCUCCUCACCCUCCUCCUCACCUCCACUUCUGUUUCUCACUGCCAGCCAAGGAUGCCCGAGUCGGUGAAUAUUCCACACAGCUGCUGCAGGAAGUAUGUCCAGAAAGUGAUGCCACGGAAGCAUGUGCUGGGAUACAGAAAGGCCCUCAACUGUAACCUGCCGGCAAUCAUUUUCAUCAACAGAAAAUCCAAAGAGGUCUGUGUCAACCCCAGAAGCCAGUGGGUUCAAGACCUCCUCAAGGAUCCCAGUCUGCCUUUGCUGCCUUUUGGAAGGCUGGUCCAGAAUUAAAAGGCGGCAUCGAAGCAAGACUCACCCCUGGGGCCCCCAGUCUCCGUGAUGGCCUGGCCUUAGCAGGAGCUCUGAUUCAAGGAAGAAAAGCAUCAGCGACGAUCUCCAAAGUGAUGGCAAAUGUUUUCUUGGUCUCUGAUGGAAAAGGCCCUUAGCGAAAGGUGGGCAGAGAUACAGUCUUAAGAUACAGAGAACAUCUUUCACUCCUCUUUGAUCGGCUCCCCAGCCCUCACUCUGAUCAGCUCAUCCACAGUUCAAGUGACCACCCGCUCCCUCCAGCAGGAGCUCUGACCUCUGCCUCAGCCUCUCCUCAGAGAACUCUGCUCAGCCUCAUCUCUGGCCUAGGUCCCUCUUAGCUUUCAUCAUCCUUCUCUGUUCUUUCCUACAAUUUCUUUUCUCUUCUUCUUCCACUACUUCUGUCCCAUUCUUCUUCUUUUAAAAUGUGACGAGAGAGGGAGAGAGAGAGAGAGAGAGA